GAAACUAUUAUUUAAGAAAAUGAAUUAUUUUUUCGUAGUCAAAAACCUUUCUUUUAUUCUGUACUUGUACCAGAAUACAUUAUCAGCAAACGGAACUGUGCAUAACAGCAAAAACUUUGGUUAUAUCACAAAAAGUUUUCCAAACGUCGAGUGUACGAGUGUUCAAGUAAACCAAUAUUGUUCAACGAUAAACUAUCAAUUUCCGUACAUGGUAAAAUUAAGAAGACAUGACCAGGUCCCAGAAUUUUUACUGAACCAUACCACGUUUAUGACACAGUUAAAGAAGAUGACGAGAGUAACGGAUAAUGCCAGCAAGAAGUGUAAGAUCUCUGCGAAGGAUUAUGCAUGUCAACUGGGAUAUGCUUACCGUUGUAACGAAGAUGAAAUCUACGCAAAUAUUGAGGAAAUUUUUACAUCCUGCGAGCAUGCAAGACGUGAUUGCUCCAAAAUACAAGAAAACUUACUGGAUGAAUAUUUCCGCUGUUUGUAUAUUAAUAAGACUUACAGCAAAAAGCUACUACUUAAAGCGAAAUGUAGUCGUUUUCCUGAACUACAACAAAAAAAACUCUUUUCUUGCCAAAAUAAUUACUCGGUCCCAACCAGCCCAAUAUUAAAUUUUACUGAAGCAACCAAUACCAUCAACACACAGCACAAAUAUUUUAAGACAGCCAACAUCAGCGACGAGAAUUGCAAGAUGGAGAUUGCACAAGUUGUAUGUAAGUCAGUGCUACCAGCAUGUUCAUUGGAUCGCACCAAAAUUAUUUUUUUACUAAACAAGCAGGAAUGCCACGAAAUCGUUUCAUGCGUUAACAAGAGUGAUGAUACCAAUCUCAUUAUGAAAGCACAUCAACUGUGUGCAGGUUUGCCUGACGAUGAAAGUGCAAAGAUAUAUUCUCUGGAUAAAGUUUAUGUACACAAUGGUGUGAACAAAAACAUGACGUGGAAUACCAUCUUAUUCCUUAUCAUCACAGCUUGUUAUGGUGCCCAUAUUAUAUGUACUACUUAUAAUUUAUGUAACUGAGUGGGGCAGUAUGAGGGCAGAGGAGAAACUAGAACGUUAAUUGGUAGCGUGACGUGCCUUUAGGACGACAUGAAAAGUCGAGUAGUACCUACUAAUGCAUGCAAAUAUCAUAAAAUAUAUGUAAGUUUUAACUAGACAAGUAUGUUUUAGAAAAUUAUAAUCGUUAAGCUGGUAGAUGAAGCCAUAAAUCUGAUAAAAUUUAUCUAUAAUGGGAUCGUCAAUGCAGAACUUAUACUGGAGAGGGGGAGGGAAAUUUCGACUGGGUAAGCUUGAAUUAUAUUUGAGAGAUGUCCCCAGAGUCUAUAUGUUAAACCACGCCUUGGUAUAUCAAACAAUUCAAUUGUUUCCUAAUAACUGGUGGGGAUUGAUUAAUUUAGCUGUAAACGCGCAUCUAGAGCCUGGGGAUGAAUUAUUGAAUUUAUUAUGUUAAUCAUUGUUAAUUUAUCUCAAUAGAAUAUGGAUAUGGAUAAAAAUGAUGUUUCUAUAGAUUUGUCGAGAUCAAUACAAGAGGACAACAUCGAGCAAGUUCGUUAUAUAUUACAUACGCAACACGACAAUGUUUCACGAUGUAUAAAUGAAAUGGUUAUUGAUGGACUUACACCAUUAAUGUUAGCAGCUAAACAUAACAAUGUUGAGAUAGCACAAAUUCUCAUGCGACACAGAGCUACUGUGGAUAUGAGGGAUAGAAAAGGACUAACAGCUACUGAUAUUGCUAAAAAUAACGGAUCAAUAGCUACAUUAAAUGUAUUGAAACACUACAGACAAUUCGCGUCAGUGGGUUAUCCAUCUGUGAACUACUUUAGUCAUGUCCCUUUGAACCGAAUGGCAGAAAAACGUAAGGAUAAAGUAUGGCUGGAUCAACAAAUGAAAAAUCCUAAAUCAAUGUAUGUUAUAUUUAACCAACUAAAACCUCUAGCAAGAAAAGUAGCUUCAAAAAAGACUUUUUGUCUGGUAAAGGUUAACUUCAGACAGUUAUCAGAAAUACUUGGAAAGCAAGCUGAGGAGAUAAAGAAUGUUGUUUUUUUAGGUGUAGAAGAGACUUACACAAAUUCUUGCAAAGAAACUAGUUUGAAUAAGGCAAUAGAUUGUAAUAUUUCAUGGUUUGCUGUUGAUGUCGGUGAUAUCAGUGAUGCUUCAGAUAAAUUCUUAAAGGAAAAUCCAAAUACAGAAUAUUUAUCACCACGUCCUGGAUUUUUGCAAGUCAAUGCAAAAGAUGCAACAAUACUAGCACAAGCACGUCCAAUUCUGGAAUGGCAUCAGUUCAACAAGUUCUGUUCAAGAUGUGGAAGCAAAGUGUCAAUUGAAGAGGCAGGAUACAAGCAGAGUUGUUCUAAUGAACAAUGUGCUACCAAAAACAAAAUUCUCAAUGUGAGUUAUCCUCGUACAGAUCCAGUGGGAAUUAUGCUUGUUGUCUCUCAUGAUGGCACACAAUGUUUGCUUGGUCGUAAAGCAAGCUUUCCUGUGGGAAUGUAUUCUUGUCUUGCAGGCUUUAUGGAGCCUGGAGAAAGUAUAGAAGAUGCAGUAAGACGAGAGGUCAUGGAGGAAAGCGGUAUCAGUGUUGGUCCAGUUAAAUAUCACUCAUCUCAGUUUUGGCCUUAUCCUGCUCAGCUUAUGAUUGGCUGUAUAGCGCAUGCAAACACUAGUCAUAUUGUUAUUGAUAAGGAAGAACUGGAUGAUAUACAAUGGUUCAAUCUAGACAGUGUGAGACAAGCUUGCUAUAAAAAAAUUGAUAUUUCAAACCCACCAUCGCUAUGGUUUCCUCCAAGGCAAGCUAUUGCAAGACAGUUAAUUGAACAUUGGGUAGAUACUUACUCAGAUGUAUUAUAAAUAAGUAUUUAAAUAAAUGUGAUAGUAAAAUUUUA